AUGUCCUCGUCGUCGCGCAAGAUCUCCUCGGAGUCGUUCAGCAGCUCGGUGGGCUCGGACUGCGGGCUGGAGAGCCCCGGCGGGGACCCGGGGGACGGCGGCCCGGAGCCCGGGGAGGAGAGCCGCGGCUGCCCCUUCUCCUCCUUCCGCUCGGGCCCCAGGGCCGGGGUCUGGAACGGCCGCAGCCUGGCCGAGAGGCCGGCGGGCCCGGUGGGCGAGGAGCAGCAGCCGGGACCCGGCGGGCCGCACAAGAGGGUGACCCGGAGGAGACGGGUGAACCUGGACUCGCUGGGCGAGAGCCUCCGCCGGCUGACCUCACCCACGACGCCGAUGGUUCAGGAGGCUUUGCAGAGAACUCUACAAUUCUACAGACAACAAGAGAUCAGGUGUCAGGAGGUCUGCAGUGAAGAACGGCGACGAGAGAAGAAAGAGGAGAAGUGCCCGUUUCUAGAAAACUCGGGUUCAGAGGAAGAUGUCUUACAAAUCCUACAGUACAUGGCCACCAUACUGGGAUUACCAUUCUGCGAGCUGCGGGAACAUUUCGGAGAGGAGUUCUUCAGCCUCUGCUUUGAGGAGAAUGAACGAGUGCUACGGGCUGUAGGCGGUAACCUCCAGGAUUUCUUCAACGGCUUUGACGCCAUUUUAGAACACAUUCGAACCUCCACAGGACGUCGGGCCUCCUCGGAGAGCCCCUCCUUCCAGUGCAAGGAUCCCCAUGAGGAGGAGAAAGGGAGAAGAAAGUUGGGCAACGUUGUGGAGCGAGGAGAUGGACAGGGAAAGUUGUUGCUUCUUCACUGUUUCAAUCCAGCUCCUGUGGUUGGAUUGGUCAUGCCAGGGUUGAUCAGAGCAGUCGCCCGGCGGAUCUUUCAUUCAGAGGUUGAGGUGGAGGAAGUGCAACCACUAACUCCUUUAUUACCAAAUGAAGAUACAGAACACCCCGACGGCGACUCCACAACCCCGACUCCAACUGCGUCCCCCACUGCCUCACCCUCCUGGUCUCCGUCCUCUCCCUCCCCUUUUCCAACCUCUGUCCCCACUGUGUGUCUGUCCUUCCAAAUCCAAGAGACACACCCUCCUUCCCCGUCCUCCCUCCCCAAUGCUGAUUCAGCGAGCAGGCCUCUCCUCUCUCUGUCCACCAACCCCAGCGACCUAAGCAUCGCCAUGGCCACGUUCUGCCGUGCCUUUCCGUUCCACCUCGUCCUGGGGCCUCGCAUGGAGCUACUGCAGCUUGGAGAAGGACUGAGGCGGCAGGCUCGCAUAGAGCCUCACCGGAACCUCUCCUUCAGGGAAUGUUUUGAGAUUGUAUCGCCCAAGAUGGAGCCUUUGUUCCAGGGCAUCCUGCAGAGGCUUGCCUCCCCGUUUACCAUCCGCACCAGGCCUGACGCCUCACAGACUGGUACCAAGGAGAAGGUCAUGGAGCUGAAGGGUCAGAUGAUCCACGUGCCAGAGUCCAGCUCGCUGAUGUUUCUGGGCUCGCCACGUGUCGAUAAGCUUGAGGAGCUGAUGGGCAGGGGCCUCUAUCUGUCAGAUAUCCCCAUCCAUGAUGCCACACGGGACGUUAUCCUGGUGGGGGAGCAGGCUAAAGCCCAGGAUGGACUGAAGAAGAGAAUGGACAAACUUAAGGCCACAUUAGAACGAACUCACCAGGCGCUGGAGGAGGAGAAGAGGAGAACCGUGGAUCUCCUUUACUCCAUAUUUCCAGGUGACGUGGCACAGAAGCUGUGGCAGGGUCAGCCAGUGCCCGCUCGCAAAUUCGAUGACGUCACCAUGCUGUUCUCGGACAUCGUGGGCUUUACUGCCGUGUGCGCCCAGUGCACCCCCAUGCAGGUCAUCUCCAUGCUGAACGAGCUUUACACCCGCUUUGACUACCAAUGCGGCAUUCUGGAUGUUUAUAAGAUCGAGACAAUAGGUGACGCGUACUGUGUAGCAGUAGGACUUCACAAGAAGGUCGACAGUCACGCCAAACCAAUCGCACACAUGGCCCUGAAGAUGAUGGAGCUUUCCGAGGAAGUGCUGACUCCCGACGGGAAACCCAUCAAGCUGAGGAUAGGUAUCCACACAGGCUCAGUGCUGGCAGGCGUGGUCGGGGUUAGAAUGCCACGUUACUGCCUGUUUGGGAACAAUGUGACACUUGCCAGCAAGUUUGAAUCUGGGAGCCACCCGAGGUGCAUCAAUGUUAGUCCCACGACUUACCAGUUGCUGAAGGAUGACCGUUCUUUUUCAUUCAUCCCUCGCUCACGAUUGGAGCUCCCUGACAAUUUCCCCAAAGAUAUCCCAGGGAUGUGUUACUUCCUGGAGGCAGGGACGUCUCACAGCCAUGCAUCGUUGACCAGCUCCCGCUCUGCUCCCCCAGCCUCUAUGAGGAAAGUCUCCUAUAGUAUCGGGACCAUGUUUCUAAGAGAAACAAGUUUGUAG